GCUUCCAUACUUGUUUACAAACCUGUAUUUCCAAGUUGUGCUAGCCUAGCUACUUGCAAAUCUUGGAAUAUUUUACUUCAUCCAAAUCCCUUGCACUCUGCAGAGAAGAGAAAAGACAUGGCUUUGAUAGGAGAGGCUCUUAUCUCUGCUUCCGUCCAAGUGUUGUGCGACAAAAUUACUUUGACCCUGUUUGUCGACUUAUUUUGGCACAAGAAACUUGACAAACCACUCCUCAUGAAACUGAACACCACAUUGUUGACCUUGAAUGUAGUGCUCGAUGAUGCAGAGGAUAAGCAAAUUGUAAACCCUGCUGUGAGAAAGUGGCUUGACGAGCUCAAACAUGUUGUCUUUGAUGCGGAGGACUUACUGGAUGAGAUUGACACCGAAGCUUUGCGAUGCAAGCUCGAAGGUGAAGAUCAAAGCCACAAAUUAACCAAUAAGGUGUGGAACUUCCUCCCUUCUUCUCGUAAUCAUUUUUAUCAAAGUAUGAAUGUUAAGAUACAAGAGUUGUUACAAAGAUUAGAGAGCUUUGUACAACAGAAAAGUGUUCUGGGUCUUAGAGAAGGUGCUGGGAGGCAAGUUUCACAAAGAACUCCAACAACCUCCUUGGUUCUUGAACCUUGUGUAUAUGGUAGAGAUGAAGUCAAAGAAAAAUUAUCCAAAGUGUUGCUAUCUGAUAAUGCAAGCAAAGAUGAUGUGUCUUUCCUCACCAUUGUUGGAAUGGGCGGGGUUGGCAAGACAACCCUUGCUCGAAUGCUUUACAAUGACGAUAAUGUGAAAGGGCAUUUUACACUUAAAGCUUGGGCUUGUGUUUCAGACUACGAUGAUUGUAUUAAAAUUACUAAAACUCUUCUUGAGGCAGUCACUUCAAAGCCUUGUAACACGGAAAAUUUGAAUUUGCUUCAAGAAGAUCUAAGAGAGCAACUGAGAGGAAGGAAAUUCUUAUUUGUGUUGGAUGACCUAUGGAAUGAGAAUAAUCAGGAUUUGAACUACGUUAGAGUUCUUUUUAUUACUUUAGGAGCAAGGGGAAGUAAAGUCAUCAUAACAACACGGAACAACAAUAUAGCAUCUGUCAUGCAAAAUGUUCCUAUUCAAUAUUUGGAACCACUGUCACCGGAGGAUUGCUGGUUAUUACUUUCAAAACAUGCAUUUGGAAAUGAAAAGUGUAGUGCACAUCCAAACUUGGAACACAUUGGAAAGCAAAUUGCACUCAAGUGCAGAGGGUUGCCUUUAGCUGCACAAACACUUGGGGGUUUGUUACGUUGUAAUAUAGAUUCCGAGGAGUGGAAUAGAAUCCUAAAUAGCAGUAUUUGGGAGCUACCAUUUGAAACAAGUGACAUUAUUCCGGCUCUAGCACUAAGUUACCAUUAUCUCCCCGCUCAGUUAAAACUGUGCUUUGUUUAUUGUUCAAUUUUUCCAAAGGGUUAUGAGUUUGAAAAGGAAUAUACUAUUGAAUUAUGGAUGGCAGAAGGUUUAAUUCCACAAGUUGAGAAUGCAAAUAAAAUGGAAGAGAUGGCUCAAAAUUACUUUGAUGAGCUAUCAUCACGUUCGCUACUUCAAAAGUCAAGCAAAUCUGGUUUCACAAUGCAUGACCUCAUUAAUGACUUGGCUAUGUUCAUGUCUAGGGGAUUUUGCCUUCGACUGGAAGAGAGGGAAUCACAUAAAAUUGAAAGAGUUCGUCAUUUGUCAUAUGCUAGGGGAGAAUUGGACGUUGCUCCUAAAUUUAAGCCAUUAUAUGGGGCUAAGAGUUUGCGGACCUUCCUUCCUACCUCUUUAGAUCCAUAUGGAUAUAGUUAUGUAAAUAAAAAGGUUCUACAAGAUUUGUUGCCAUCACUAAGAUGUUUACGGGUGUUACAAUUGUCAUGUUAUCAAAACGUCACUGAGUUACCUGAUUCUAUUGCAAACCUCAUUCACUUGCGCUACUUGGAUCUUUCCCGUACUGCAAUUGACAGGUUACCUGAGGUACUUUGCAAUCUUUACAACUUGCAAACAUUACUAUUGUCAAACUGUUCCUUUCUCCUUGAAUUGCCUGCAGACAUUAGAAAAUUGAUUAAUUUACAGAAAUUGACGUUGGGAGGUUGUAGCUCUCUUAAUAAAUUGCCUGCAUGCAUGAAGGAGUUGAUUAAUUUGCACCAUCUUGAUGUCAGUGGAACUAAAAUUGAAGAGAUGCCGGUGCAAAUGGGUAGACUAAAAAGUUUGAGAACAUUGACUGCAUUUGUUGUGGGCAAAUCUACUGGGUCAGGCAUAAGAGAACUGAGGGAGUUCCCGCAGCUUCGAGGAAAACUAUCAAUUUUGAAGCUACAAAAUGUAGUUGAUGCGAGGGACGCACUACACGCCAAUAUGAAGCACAAGAAAGAUCUCAAGGAGUUAGAGUUUUCAUGGGGUGCAGAGGAUGCUGAUGAUUCCCGAAAGGAGAAAGAUGUACUCGACAAGCUCCAGCCUUGUGUGAAUUUGGAGAAAUUAACCAUUAGAUUCUAUGGUGGAACCAAUUUUCCGAAUUGGUUAGGAGACUCAUCUUUUUCUAACAUACAAGUUAUGCAUCUCAGUGACUGUAGUUAUUGUUGGUCGCUCCCACCAGUUGGGCGACUACCAGCACUCAAAGAGCUCUGUAUAGAAAGAAUGAAGUUUGUGAAGACGAUUGGCGUUGAAUUCUAUGGCAGAAAUGGAGCUUAUCUGACUCAGCCAUUUCAAUCUCUGGAGAAGCUGGAGUUUAGGGAGAUGCCAGAGUGGGAGGAAUGGGUACCAAGUGGAGGUGAAUAUGGUCUAGACUUUCCUUGUCUCCAGAAGCUAAUUCUAAACGAGUGUCCGAAGCUGAGAGGAAGUUUGCCUUGUGAGCUGCCUUGCUUGAAGAAGCUUACGGUGUCUGAGUGUGAGGUUUUCCAUGAUGGAAGGGCCACUACCACAACUACCAAUAGUCUUAACUAUAAAUCUCUUGAAGAAUUGAAAAUAAGUGGCGGAUGCCAAACCCUGUUAUCAUUAUUAGAGACAAAGCUCCUGUCCCAACUUGCGAUUCGAAAUGUUGUUGACGUACAGUUCCUGCCCAACUGCAAUCGUCUUCAACUUUUGACUCUGAAAAAUUGUCCAACGCUGUCGUCAUUCCCUAAAGAUGGCCUACCCACUACAUUGACAUCACUUACUAUAGACCACUGUAGGAGAUUAGAAUUCCUACCUCAUGAGAUGCUGCCCAAAUUAACCUCGCUUGACUAUUUGAGGAUACAAAAUAGCUGUAAUUCAAUGAGGUCCUUCCCGUUGGGCAGUUUUCCCAAACUGAGGACGCUUCACAUUUGGGAUUGUGAGAAUCUGGAAUCCCGUGAUUGAAGAAGAAGGAGCUGUUAAGAAUCUCAGCCAUCUCAAUUACUUGAGUUUCUAUAAAUGUCCAAAAAUGGUGUGUUUUCCCAAGGGAGAAUUGCCCACUCCCAACCUGAGUCACUUUGAAGUCGGUGAAUGCGAGAAUUUGAAGUCCUUGCCCGAACGCCUUCACACCCUCACAGCCCUUCGAUCCUUGUCGAUAUGGAGUCUUCCGAAUCUGGAGUCAUUUGCAGAAGAUGGGGGUUUGCCUCCCAACCUCCGAUAUUUUAGCAUUGGGAAUUGUAAGAGACUGAGGGCUUCAUCAGUGGGAGAGUACUGGGGUUUGCAAGCACUUGUCUCCCUUGAACAAUUUGAAAUCAUUGGAAGUGACCAUGUCUUGGAGACGUUGCUCAAGGAACAGCUGCUCCCUACCACUCUUCACACUCUCCGCAUCCAUUCUCUAUCAACUCUGAAAUCUUUGGACGGAAAGGGUCUUGGACACCUCACUUUUCUUCAAAAUCUAUACAUUACUGAUUGUAACAAUCUCCAAUGCCUGCCAGAAGAGGGUUUGCCGCCAUCUCUUUCUUAUCUGUGUAUCAAUUAUUGUCCUACCUUGGAGAAAAGGUAUAAGGAUAAGACUGGACAAGAUUGGGCCAAGAUAUCUCACAUUCCUUGCAUCGAGAUAGGCAAAGAAGUGAUCAUAUAAUAUGAGCUAUUCCAUAUUUCACUCUCAACCCUCAACUCUCAAAUCAAAGUCAGGUCAGACCACUCUUCGCACUCUAUAUAUUAUAGCGAGGAGAAUUUCAAAAUUUGCAAGGUUUCUUUAUGUGGCAUUUCCAAAGGAGGGUCAUAGCGCGGAGAAACAGAAAAGGUUUAUUAUUAUUACCUGGAAUAUCUCCUUUGAUACAUUCCUGCAUUUUUAGAUAGGCUCUUGUGCUUAUAUGAGAUAGCCUUACUCACAUAAGCGAUUGGAUGUUUGUCCUGGAAAAGAAUGGCACCAAUUCCCACAUUAGAUGUAUCACACUCAACCACGAAUAAUUUGGAAAAAUCCGGCAGGGCUAGCACAGGUGUAGGCCAUUCCUCGAUCCAUUGCACUUUGAUUGGAUCCACUGCCACUCCAAGUGCAAAUAUGACAUGUCCCAAAUAUGCCACAGAGUUUUGAACAAAUGAACAUUUUGAGAACUUCACCUUCAGCUGAUGAACUCUCAGUACCUUGAAAACAUGAGCCAAGUGUAUAAUAUGCUCAGAUAAAUUUCUGCAAUAAACUAAUAUGUCAUCAAAGAAAACCAAGACAUAUUUGCGUAAACAAAAAAAACAACCUAUUGUAUUUAGAUAUUCUGCAAAGGCUGAAUAUUGAACUAUGAUUGUAGCUGCUUGUGAGCUCCAAUGGUUACGGUAUAUUUUACAAGA